AUGGCGUCCCCAUUGUCUCCUGUCCGCGAGGCAAGCAUUAACAGAACCACGCCCCCCAGCAAGAGGAAGUACGAGCAGUACGAGGUGCGCUCGUUUACCUCAACAACGACCACUACGAGCACGAACAGGCUCGGCACCGAACUUCUAGAUGAAUCCGGAAACUCCUCACCGUUUUUAUCUUCCGUCAAUGAGACCAGCAAUACGGACCAGGAGAAUGUCUCCCCGUCAAAGGCUCGGAAUAGUCGUGUCAUUUCCGGGACGGAGCUCUCACCGCUCAAGAUUCUGGGCGAUCAGAAAAGCGCCUCGAGCAGUAGCACAGAAAAUGGGUCCAUGGGACCACCACCACAGAGAAGCCCGAGAAAGGUGUCCCCGGUGGCGAGAUUUCCCAUCAAAAUUAGCCCAAGGGGUGAAGAUGAUGAGGGGAGGGCGAUGAAAGAGAGGAAGAUUAGUGUGGCAGACAUGGUGAGAAGCAAUGAGGGUCUGAAGAAGGCGGUUGAUAUAUUUGAGGAUGAGAGCGAGCUGCGCGUGGAUGCAGACGCGGAUACGAACGCAGAGCUGCGACCUGGAGAGCAGGAGCACGAUGAUGCUGCCGGGCCGGAUGAGUCGAUGAUCAGCACCUUUAGUACCUUCUCCGUGGUGCCUAAUCUGACGGUUUUUGCAAAGUUGGGACAGAGUCCGACUAGAUCUGGGCUUGAUGGAUACACCCCACGAUCAAAGCUACAACAGGAUUCCUCUCUUCGGCCGGUUACCCCGUCGGACGGUACCAACAACAGUACAAAUUUGUUAAUGGAUUUCACGGACCAAAUGCGUUUUCCACAGCAGAAGUCACCUGGCAGGCGAGGCGCCUUGUCGCCGCCGCGAACAACGCCCGGUGUCUCGGAGACGCCACAUCGCCAAGUCACCAACCUGAUUGAUUUUGAUAUUCCCCCUUUGCCUACACCCCGAAGCCUUCCAUCCAUUACACCCCGCGAGCUAGAAUCACUCAAGUCUGGGUUUUUAUCAGAAAUCAGUUCCCUCAAGGCAUCUCUGAGCGGGAAAGAAGCGGAGGUUCAUUCUCUCAAGACUGCAGUUGGCGAUGCUGAAAAGCGAGUCGGCGAGUCGAUGGAGCAACUACGCGAAGAACGAGGCAUCAGGGAACAACUAUCCGCCGAAAAGGAGGACUGGGCAAAGCGUGGACGUGAAAUGGAGAAUGUCCUCCGCAAGAUCAAGGAGGAGGUUAUGACUAGCCAACGCGAACGAGAAGAGCUCGAGCAGAAACUCGAAGAAAGCGAGAAGCGCAGAGAAGCAGCCGAGAUGCUACAUCAAGAGGCCGAGAGCAAAAUGGCUGGUAUGCGUGCUGGCAAGGACAGCGAAAAGACAAAGGACGCAAUUACAUCUCCUGAAAAAGCCAAGGCUACGUCGAACAAGGAAGUAGAAAUUGCCGUGGAGAGAGUGGCCAGAGAACUUCAUGCCCUGUACAAAGGCAAGCACGAAACGAAAGUUGCAGCCUUGAAGAAAUCCUACGAAGCCCGCUGGGAGAAACGCGUCAAGGACAUGGAAAGGCGUAUCGAGGAACUGGGCGAGGAAAAUGCUAAGCUUCGCGAGAACCAUGAAACCAAUUUGACGAGACUGGAGCCUGAUAAUACGCAGAUCGAAGAGCGCAAGGCGCAGGCUGCCAAGGAUAGUGCAGCAAUCAAAGAACUCAAUGCGGAUGUUCAGCGGUUAGAGGCUGUCAUUUCGACUGUCAAGAAGGACAAUGGCGAGUUGAGAACCAUGUUGGAGAGGGAGAGGGUUGAAAAGGGCGAGUUGGUGCAACUGGCGGAGGAGAUGAUGUCUAUGCAAAGCUUUGUUGGGGGUGCGCAGCAACAACGUGCACAGCAGCAACAGCAACAGGAACGGGCUGAUUUAGCAAAGACUCCGAGAGCGUCGGGGGAAUAUACGAGAAGUAGUAAUGUUGGGAGGAGCGGUGGCUCAGGAAUCAGGGCUCCUGGAUCUGCUAUUCGGCCGCCGGGACAUGUGAGGGGGGGCAGCGGAGGGCUACCGCGGCCGGGGAGGAGCGGAAUUAUGAGUUCGAUCGAGAAGAUGGGUAGUUAUAGGGGGAGAGGGCAGGAUUAG